AUGAGGGGUUCCAGAGAAGAAAAAGCGGAUUCAGCCUCUUCGGGUGAAGAUGAGGAAUCAUUGAGAGAAUUGGUGAGUUUUAACAAAGUUUAAACACUGAAGACUCCUGUUUGGGAAAUUUGUGAACUUUUCUCGCAGAUGCGGCAAGGUGUUAUGGCUAGUUCUCGUUAGGGUUGCGUUCUAUUUUAAUACUUGUUUUGGGUUUUUCUUGAAUGAUGCUUUGUGUUGUUUUGAUCGAUAUAGAUUAAUAAACAUCGCAAACAACAGUUGUUUACGAAUCUGCGGAUAGCUCUGCAUCAAACUUUAAACAUCUUGUUCCACACAACUGAGUCCUGACUUAUUAUAAUCACAAUAAUAUAUCCAGAUGUUUCCUUUUUAAACCUUCCUUUGCUCUAUUUCCCUGCUGUUCCAAGGUAUCGAUUACAUUGAUCCAUUAAAUCAGAUUUUGCACCUGACAUUUUAAUAUUCUCAAGCUCAUUUAGUACAAUUAAGCAAAAAGUAAAUUCACUUAAAAAAUGGAUCACAUAGAAAUGUAACUUAGAAAAAUAUUCUAAUUUAUGCACUAAUAGCAAUACGAGCUGUCACGAUUAAAGAAGAUGAUCAGUUUGUCAUUGAAAAUUGUCAGCUGGCCACAUGAUUCGUUUCGUUUUGAUAACCUGACAUGCAACACCGAAAAAUUAUUAUAAUUUAUGCACUAAUUAAUAAUAAUUCAAGCUGUCAUAAUUAAAUAAGGUGAACAGUUUUUCAUUUAGAUGUGCUAGCUGGCCAAGUAGUUUGUCUCAAUCAUCUAAAAUGCAGCAUGGAAAAAAUUUAUGUACUUUCAGUAAUACAAGCUUUCUUAAUUAGGGAGGUGAUCAGUUUGUUAUUGAGAUUUACCAUCUUUGCAUUGAGAUUUGCCAACCCAGGGGAAUAUGACAUUUUCAGGUUUUCAAAAUCACCUGCUGGACUCCUAACAUGGCAGGUAGGUCAAACUCCUGACCUGAAAUCAGUGGGUAAAUGUCAAAAUCCCCAUCUAAGGAGGGCCCUCCCAAUCAAUUUCCACCCCAAUCCUGGGGCAAACCAUUGGUAGGUGCAUUUAUCUAGCAGUAUCACUCACCAAAAGGAGGUUGAGAGGGGUGAAAUGGGAAGGUCCUUUUAGAAGAGAGGAGGGGUCUGCUAGAGGUUUAGCAAUUAGUGCCAGACUCCUGAUGAGCAUCUCCCCCACUCCUCUCAAAUCUUCGUUUGGGCAGGAAAAACAUGCUUCCUGCAGCACUAUUAAUAAGGGCUUGCUCACAGGCAAGAAAAUGAUGAGAUGUUGUUUGCUCUGCAUAUUUUUUUGCUUAUGUGAUUGGGUAUUUUUUGUUUUGUUUUGUUUUGUUCUUUGGGAAAGAAACAAGCAAUUCAGGCAAGCAGUAAAGGAGCAAAAAAGACCAAAAACAAAAGUCAACUUCAUGAACUGGUAACUGAUUUGAUUUUGUUUAGCAUCACUGCACUCAUGCUAUGCACAAAUAAAAUUAGACCCAAAAAUGAAAUAAACCUUUACACCCCAAUAUCAGUGAGCAUAUUCUCUAUACUGUUUUUCAUACAUUUUUUUGAUUAAGCUAAUUAGGAGAAUUUGUUGAACAAUCAAGACUUUCUUUACUUGGAAAUCAUUUCCUUUAUUCUUGUGGCCUUCAUUUGUGAUUUCUGGGUGAUAUUGUAAGGGGUAAUUAGGUAAUAGACUCUCACAGAGGUGGUAAAUUGUGAGCUCUGUUAUUGAGAAGGCAAGAUAUUAUUCAUUGGUUGACAAUUAUAGAACUAAUAGAGAAAUUUGUGAUUUGUAUAUUGUCACAUAACACUGUCAACAUUGCGGUAGAACACCUGUCACAUCAUUUGAACAUGGUAGUAGUCUAGUUCACCAGGAGGGUCUCUAUAGCUCAGAGGUAGAACAUUGUGAAACAAAAUCUAAAACUCUGAGGUUUUUUGUCAUAGGAGACUUUGCUUUUUCCUUUUCCCCAUUGUGAUCAAUGAAUAACAUCUUUCUUUUAUCCUUUGACUCCUAAGAGUAAUUAGCUUCUGAUUUCUCUUGAGUAAAGACUUGAUUGUGGCAGUUAGUACUUAAGUAAUAGUGGAAAUAAGGCCUGAAGAAAAUUCACUGCACGGGUGUCACACAGGUCAUGGGUUCACAUCCUGUACAGUCCUGAAUUUUUUUCAGGCCUUAUUUUCACUACUACUUUUUAGUAAUGAAGAUCACCUUCAUUUACAUUUCCUAUUUCUGCUAUAUUGUGCUGUAAAAUGUAGCUUGGAGUAUGAUGCAGAUUACUCAGCUUUCCCUCAUGCUGAAGGGUGUCAUUUGGCACUUUCACAAUACAAAGUAGAAUCUCUAUCAAACCUUGAUUUGAAAUAAGCUUUUUCUUAACCCUUUCAAUCCCAAGAUCUCUCUCUCUCCUUACUUUCUGCCACACACUGCUCAUAGUUUUAGUUCUAAGAAUUGAUUCUUGGAUCAAACAUUUGGUUAUCUCCUGAAGGAUAUUUUUCUAUAUUCUCAUUACUUGUCUGCAUGAAAUUGUACUGGUGUUGUUAGGAGAAAGUAUGUCUUGGUCACUGCUGGGAGUGAAUUGGUUAAUAAGCAAUUCUCUUUUUUUUCAUGUAGUGCACAGUAAAUGGGAUCAAAUUUGAAAAGCUUCAGAAAGGAGCAGGAAAGAAUGUUGCUAGCCUGGAGAUGUUCUUCUCUGGAUUUCCCAAGAUUAUUGGUAUGGAGAACUUCCCAGAUCUUCAAAAUUUAACUCUGAUGGGACAACAGAUUACAACGCUGGAGAAUCUGGACUGUUUGCCAAAUCUUACAGAGUUAUGUGUGUCUGAAAGCAAGAUAACUGUAAGUACAAGUCAAGGUUGAAUUCUCAAAUAUUAAUGGGGAACUUAAGCAAACCAUGCCUCUAUUAAAAAGAAAAAAACAUGAAAUCGCCAAAAUUUGCGAGGUCUAAGAUUGGAAAAUCCUAAAGCAAAUUAUUAAAGUUUCAAAUUGGCAGGAUUCAAACUUGUGCCUGCCAGAAACCACCAACUGAGCUAUAAAGUCACACACUAAGAGGAAGGUACAUUUAGGACAAAUAUCUUCGGUAGACACAAUGUCUAAAGUUAAAAUUCCUCCAUUUUAGAAAUUCCCCAACUUUUUUUUUAGGUUAAGUGGUUGUUGGUAUGGUUAUUGUGAGAAAUUUUGUGAUUGGUAGAUUUAGCUGAGUUGACUUAGAGUGAUUGGUUGCUUCAACAGCCAACUGUCCAAUUACAGCCAACUCUCUGAUUACAGUCAACUGUCCAAACCGCAACUGUCAGAUUACACUGUCCAAUUACAACUGUGCAGAAUGACUUGUGAAAAAGAAAGCAGUUAACUCACUAAUCACAAGUUAGGAAAUUAUAAUUAUGAUACUGUUAUGAUUACUAUGAAUUUCUACUUUCCAGGCUAUCUCUGGCCUUGAUGGCUGUAAGAAGUUGAAAAAGCUGUUCUUAUAUGACAACAAGAUUACAAAGAUUGAGAAUAUUUCUCACCUGGAACAGCUGAAUGUUUUAUGGCUGAACAACAACAAUAUCAUUGCAAUUGAGGUAUGAAUUUAAGGGAGUUCUGUUAUCUGAGGGACACAUGAAAAGAGGCAAUGCACAUAUAGUCUCGCUUUUGAGUUGUGUUCGAGCUCAGAAUUUUUUCUUUCUUCCAUACACAAUACAUUUAACUCAAAUUAACAGUUUUUUUCUUUGCAGCAUAGCAUAUAGUUAUUUUACAGUCUCUGUCUCUAUUAUAAGUCUGACUGAUGUGCAUGUAUUGGUCAGUUCUCUUUCAGUAAAUAUAUGUUAUAUACCAGUAGAGGGAGUCCAUAAAAAAUUAUGUGAAAUAACUGGUCCUCAGGUCUUAAGUAAAGCCCAAGGCCAAUUGCAGAGGGCUGUACUCAAGACCAAGGCAUCAGUUUUAUCCCAAACAGACUGACCUAGGCCAGUAGAUAACUUAUUAACCCAUUUCUUCUGGUUUGCUCUUGUGGACCAAGGUUUAGCCAAUCAGAUUCAAGGAUUUAAGAUUCUGACCUGCUGUGAUGCCUCAGAGAAAAUAAGAAGUAACUGUAUGUUUUUUGUUUAGGGCUUAGAGAAGCUUCUUUAUCUCCUUGAUCUGAACUUGGCAGGAAAUAAGAUUACAGAAAUUGGUGAGCAGUAAUUGAAAUUUAAUGUUUCUGCACAAUCAUUUUCUAGUUUUGACCUCCAUGCCUUCUUAUUCAUGAUGAGGAAUUAUGCUUUUCAUGUACAGUAAAUUGCAUGAAUAACAUUUCACUUUUCAAGUACAGUAAAUCGCAUGAAUAACAUUUCGCUUUUCAUGUACAGUAAAUUGCAUGAAUAACAUUUCACUUUUCAUGUACAGUAAAUUGCAUGAAUAACAUUUCGCUUUUCAAGUACAGUAAAUCGCAUGAAUAACAUUUUGCUUUUCAUGUACAGUAAAUUGCAUGAAUAACAUUUCACUUUUCAUGUACAGUAAAUUGCAUGAAUAACAUUUUGCUUUUCAUGUACAGUAAAUUGCAUGAAUAACAUUUCGCUUUUCAUGUACAGUAAAUUGCAUGAAUAACAUUUCACUUUUCAUGUACAGUAAAUUGCAUGAAUAACAUUUUGCUUUUCAUGUACAGUAAAUUGCAUGAAUAACAUUUCACUUUUCAUGUACAGUAAGUUGCAUGAAUAACAUUUUGCUUUUCAUGUACAGUAAAUUGCAUGAAUAACAUUACGCUUUUCAUGUACAGUAAAUUGCAUGAAUAACAUUACGCUUUUCAUGUACAGUAAAUUGCAUGAAUAACAUUUUGCUUUUCAUGUACAGUAAAUUGCAUGAAUAACAUUUUGCUUUUCAUGUACAGUAAAUUGCAUGAAUAACAUUUCACUUUUCAUGUACAGUAAGUUGCAUGAAUAACAUUUCACUUUUCAUGUACAGUAAAUUGCAUGAAUAACAUUUCGCUUUUCAUGUACAGUAAAUUGCAUGAAAAACAUUUCACUUUUCAUGUACAGUAAAUUGCAUGAAUAACAUUUUGCUUUUCAUGUACAGUAAAUUGCAUGAAUAACAUUUCACUUUUCAUGUACAGUAAGUUGCAUGAAUAACAUUUUGCUUUUCAUGUACAGUAAAUUGCAUGAAUAACAUUACGCUUUUCAUGUACAGUAAAUUGCAUGAAUAACAUUACGCUUUUCAUGUACAGUAAAUUGCAUGAAUAACAUUUUGCUUUUCAUGUACAGUAAAUUGCAUGAAUAACAUUUCACUUUUCAUGUACAGUAAGUUGCAUGAAUAACAUUUCACUUUUCAUGUACAGUAAAUUGCAUGAAUAACAUUUCGCUUUUCAUGUACAGUAAAUUGCAUGAAUAACAUUUUGCUUUUCAUGUACAGUAAAUUGCAUGAAUAACAUUUUGCUUUUCAUGUACAGUAAAUUGCAUGAAUAACAUUUCACUUUUCAUGUACAGUAAAUUGCAUGAAUAACAUUUUGCUUUUCAUGUACAGUAAAUUGCAUGAAUAACAUUUCGCUUUUCAUGUACAGUAACUUGCAUGAAUAACAUUUUGCUUUUCAUGUACAGUAAAUUGCAUGAAUAACAUUACGCUUUUCAUGUACAGUAAAUUGCAUGAAUAACAUUUUGCUUUUCAUGUACAGUAAAUUGCAUGAAUAACAUUUUGCUUUUCAUGUACAGUAAAUUGCAUGAAUAACAUUUCGCUUUUCAUGUACAGUAAAUUGCAUGAAUAACAUUCUUUUCUUUACCCACAGGGAAUUCUCUCGAUGGAAACUUAAAUCUAAAAACUUUGAAUUUGUCAGCAAAUUGCAUUUCAUCCUUAAAGGUAGGUGUGUCUGAGGGUAAAAAUUUGUUGUGUUCUUUAACUCUUUAAUUCCAGUUAGUGACCAAAACAGAAUUUCUCUUUUCAAUAUCAAUACAAGAUCAGGCAGACAAUCAAUGAGAAUAAAGAGAAAUAUCAGUUACGGGAUUAUUAAUUGAUCCAAUACUAAAUUCUCAAAACUCACACUUUUAGAAUUUUAUUUUUUUUCUGUUGCAUGCCCCUGGCCCUACUUAUUAGGGCGUGUUGCUUUGAAACAUGCAAUACUUGCUGCGCAAGCAUAAAUCAAUUCAGCUGCUUACUCAGUUCAGAUCAAACAUUUAAUGCAUUUUCUAAUGGCAACUCUGUAUUAUCAGAUGGGAGGCAGAAAAAACUGGGUCGAUCAAUUGCUGGCGCAGGGAUAAAAGCCUUUAUGUGUAUGUGCAAUGGGUAGGAAGUUCUGAAGGUGUGGCAGAAGCAACUGAAGUUUUUUGUUGCAUUACAUGUUGUAGGAUCUUACAAACUUGUCACAGCUGUCAUGUUUGGAGUCUCUAAGUUUAAAAGACCCUGUGUACGGGCCAAACCCAGUGGCUUUGCUGUGCAACUACUCAACACAUCUCUUGUUUCACCUGCCAAACCUGAAAAGAGUGGACUCCUACAAUGUGGACGAUAAAACACUGAAGGAACUGGCAGAGGUAUGUGAACCAAGAGAACUGGUUUGACUUUAUCCACGAAACUAACCCAAGCAGUUCUACGAUCUUCACAGUUGUCAAGUUCUGCCAAUACACAGUGUAACAACAAAAGCGUUACCUUUCUAACUCGAAAUACUUUUAUUUUUGAGAGCUACGGUAGUAGUAGGUUGAAACUAAAAAUAUACGUCAGAGGUCAGUUAAGUAAUGAAGAUAAACAAACUACAAACAAAAAAUGAAUUCAAACAAAGCGAAACGGAAAAAAUACUUGGAUUGAUAACGCUUACUAUGUAACUGCAAAAUAGAGAACUGCGCAAAGCGCGACUUUAGGUGAACUGACUUAAAAAGUGGUUAAGCGUAAAAGAAACUGGCUUUAAAUACAAGAGGACUGCGAAAUAGCGUGUGGUAUGAGAAACGAGCAAAAUGGUGUAACUGACGAAGAAAAACGCUGACAAACUUACCAAGAAAAAAUUAGGAAAAUAUUUAGAGCUAAAGUAUGAAAAAGUUAAGAGCUGAAUAGGUAAUUACAAAUUACACGGAAAUAAUUGGCAAGCGCCUAGAUCUUACAUACAGGGUCCUGGAAAACCUGGAAAGCCCUGGAAUUCUAUUUUGAAUAUUUUGCAGUGACAGCAUUCGCUGUUUAAGGAAAAAAAUUUCAGCUUUAUGACAACAUUAUUUACAUGCAUAUUAUGUUAAGGCCCAACAGGCAGCUUUCAGCUCUUAAAUUCUCUCUUCUUUUAGACCACAGUGGUUAAGAAGAAGAUGUAUUACAACAUGCGCGUGAAGACGAUGCAGAGAAACAAGGCUGACUUGCUUUUCAGACUGGAGACUGAGAGAGCAAAUCUUCAGGCUGAACCCAGGAACCGAAUGCUUAAACUCUUUUCAGCCGUCAAAGAUGUAUGUUUACAGCGAUAAAUAAGAAAUUCGUAAAAAUAUUGUCAUACUUUUAUAGGAAUGUGCAAGAGGCCAUUUUACAGUUGUGUAUUUAGUUGCCAAGCCUUUGAUUUAGAGUGAGGCUGAAGAUGACUUUGUUGUGAUAGAGACCAGUAUCUAGUUAGCAUGAUAACAAAGUAAAUUUGCAUUUGAAAAGCAGCAAGGUUUGUAUCAUAACAAGGUCAACCUUAGCCUCACUCCUGUUCAAAGGCUUGGCAACCAAGCACGCAACUGUAAAAUGGACUAUUGAGUUUCGAAAGUAAUCCAGGAUUACUUUGUUUUUGAUUUACUUCGCUCCGUGAUUGGUCCAGAAAACUCAUGCCACGCUCUCAACCAAUCAGAUGCAAAACUAAAACCAUUUACGACUUGGCCGCCCGCGUUUUCCCGCGGUUUUGGCAGUUUGCUCUUUACUUUGAGUUCUCAUUGGCUCUUUAGGGUAUUUUCCUUCUGAUUGGCCGUUGUGAUACGCUAUCACAUUCAUCUUUAGAGGGCGACAGAUUGUUUUAAGGAUCGUUAUUUCCCAAUUUUUUUCUUUACAGAUAGAGAGAGAGGUUGAGGAACAAAGAGAGGGAUUGUCAUCAUCUUUUAAAGAAAACAAAAAUCCCAUAAGUCCUGUUGCAGGGGACGAGGACAAGAAAGAAAACUUGGAAGAGAAAGAGACCCUAGCGACUGAUACAAUGAUGUUCUCACAGAAGCUGCAAAAGAAGAAGGAAGCAUUGCUGAAAAGAAUUGCGAAACUGCAGAGACAGCGUGAAGAGUAAGAACUCUGUAAAAAUGUUUGGUUCUUCUUUUGUGUGCUCCUCGAUCUAAAUCAUAUUUCUCCAAACUAGUUGCCUACGAUUCCCUAUAAAUUAGUGAGAAGAGUUUACAGAGCUCGUCCCUUUUUUAUUUUCAGAAUUAAUCAGUGUCAUCAGGAGAGUUGUGAGCAAGUCAAUAAUGUCUCCGAGAUGACAGUUCAGCGGCUGUUGUUGGAGUUGGAGACUGGAGGAAAUGUGCGCUUUGAAGACGGCAAACAAACAGAUCCGUGGUACAAAAUUAUUGAACUAUAUAAAUCAUGAAUAACAAUUAACGAAGGACCCAGGAAUGGCCAACACAGUGCUCAAACGUCUGUGCAUGUGCGAACGUUGUAAUGACUUGGGACACAGGGGCAUUAUGAAUGCGUUCGCUUGCAACGCGCGAGAAGUUUUAUGCGCGUAAAGCAAUGGGAACGAAAAUAUUUCCAUAGCAACACUCGAGACAAAAUGGCGGCGUGUUUAAAGUUUGCAUUGUUUGUUUUCAUUAGGCGGGAAUAAGCCCAAACCAAAACAGAUAAGGUUACUCUUUUCAGGAACGUUUCUGUGGCAACUCCUCCGUCACAUGUCUUACACAACAAAAAAAAUUUGGGGUUGCAGGUGUGAAUUUAGGAACUGAAGUAUUGCAUCCGUAACGGUAGCGACUGGUAGCGACUGCCACCGCUUUAGCUGUCUGGACAAAUUUAAAACUGCUUGCGAUGAAGUUUAAUUAAAAGGUUGUUAUUUAACCUUCAGUCCUUUCAUAAAAACUAAUAUGUUUACUUGGUCCUCAUUAAAAAAGUGUAAAACAAUGUUCUGUUCGUUCCUCGACGAAAUUAAUUCACGCUGGAGUCUCAAAACGCUUUCCGGACGCGCCAUAUCUGCCGAGUAUGCGCACUUAUUUUGUGCUUUUAAGCUGUUGGAACCAAGUUUUCUCACACGAGUUAUAAACAACUACACAAGCUAUACACUGGAUAAAUGUCUUUUCAGUGGAUAAUGCAGUACGUUUUGUCAACACUUAUCCGCUACAUAGCGAUAUAUCAGUUGAAUGGCUUUUUCUGCAUUUUAAGCAACUGGGGCCCGGGUGAUUACUGCAGCAUCAGUGACAUCAAGUCUGUUUGUUUGUAGGUACAAGUCCUGCCAUGAUCUGAUUUUUUCAAGGUUCUGUGUUGGAGACUACUUGGUAAGAAUUGACACUUAUUUAUUAUAAAUAUCGUGUAAUUAAACGCUUCGUCAAGAGGAAGGGAACAAUUUCUCAGCAAUAAAGAAGUCACCAUGGAAACCAAGCCACAGUCCACCGGUGUGGGGAACUUGGGAUUGAUGUGGGGGGGGGAGGGUGGGGGAAAAAAGAAUACAAGUGCGAAAGCAGAUUGAACACAUAGCAAAAGCCGAACAAAAGCAAAACAAAGGCACAUAGUAAACUUCCCCCUCCCCCUACAUCCCACCGCUCCUCUGUGUGUGGCUUUAUAAGUAAGCUUUAUUCUAAAACUGGCGUCAUUGCCCUGGCAAUUCAAGCAAAUGCACGUUCCCUUUCUAAUGUAUUAGAUGACAAUAGAACGCAUUUCGAUGGAGUGUUGUAAAGGCAAAACCAAAGCUAGCCCUACAGCCAAUCGGAAAAAGCCCAAAGUAAAAACAAACGAACUGCCUGAAGCGCGGGAAUACACGGGUUACCGAGUCGCAAUUGGCUUUAGUUUUGGACAGUGUUCUCCCUAGUUUUCAGCACAAUAGGUAAGGGACCUUUUCAAACCAGUAAAGCACAUUUGCAGCUGCAGACGGUUGGUCAUUAUCAACUUUGUUAUUUCCUAAAGUAUACAGUACAUCGCGCCUAUCAAAAACUCUCCAUCGAAAAAUUCAUAAUGUGAACAAUACUGCUUAUAAUGUAAACUUGUCUCCCUUCGAUUUCGGGUGAUAUCUUUGGCGUCACUUACAUGGCAUAUCGCUGGAAAAUCAGCGGUGUCAGCUACGAAUCGCAUCGCUAUGAAAUCGAAUCACAUCGAAUAGCUGAAUUCGUGUUCUAAUCGUCUCAAAUUCAGAACUUUUACGCUGUCGAGAGAUUUUAUUUUCAAGGCUUCUUUCAAACCGUUUUCUGAAACACAUUUCAAGUAGAAUUUCACGAUGAAGAGUAGCUUUGUCCCCACGUGUUCUUUAUGCAGUCGGCAAUUGUAGAGCUGUCAAGGCGGUUAUUUCUGGCAAUUGGCUGCUUUUCCAUCGCUAGUACGUAACCUUUGUUUUGUUUACCAAUAAAAUUCUUGUAAAGCUUACCAGCCACUCUUCGUGACCUCUUGUUACUGGACAGAAACGACAGCAUUGUUUGCUGCCGUUUCAGCUUGGAAACUGAACAACUGAACAACUAAACGACACCAUAUUUGCUCGUGCAGAGAACUGACAAAUGUCAUGAGAUUUAGCAGAAAGUCCGCGAAAAAUCACUCUUGCUUCGAAAUUCGAAAGGUACCAGUCAGUGUUAGCUAACUAAAGCACACGUAGAUCUAUUGUAGUACACACUGUUGGCUUGUUAUUUCACUUUCUUACCAGAUUAGUUCACCAUAAGUGCGUAUUUUUAAAGGGUUCUGAGCGUUUGCAGGCUUUAAUAAGUGCUCUUACAAGAGGUAAAUUUUACCAGUUACCGCCUGAUAAGGAGAACCCUCUUGGAUCUGAUUGGUGGAGAAAAUGGCGCGAGUUUCUGGACCAAUCACAUGGCAAAGUAUAGCAGAACCGAAGGAAUUUGUGAUUACUUUCGACACUUAAAUUGUUAAAAAAAAAAACUCACUUGAGUUCUUGUUAAAUUUCAGGGUUUGGGAAUUUCUGGUAUCAAGGUUCACAGGAUUACGAGAAUCCAUAACAGAAUCUUAAGAACGAGAUUUGAUGAUAAACUUGAUCUGAUAUUGGACCGGGAUGAUAUUUCGGAGCUAACCCAGUAUGUACAAAUGAACACUUGAGGAGAUAAGUUUUUUUUUUGUUUUUUUCUUUUCCUAAGAGUGUAUGGUAUCAAAUGCCACAAUCUGAUUUGUUUUAGUGCAGGCUGGAUUCGUGUAUCUUUCCCGCGGUCACGGUAACGCUUUCGUGAGUUUUUGAACAUGUGGUUACAAAACUUGAUACAAGCAGGCUCUCAUCAAUAACGCUCCAGAACGCACGUUUCUCCGCCCGUGGAAAGGUUUGAGACGAGUCGGGGAGAGGUUUCCGGGGGUCUGGCACUAAUAAUCAGCGCCAGACCCCUUGCAGAGCUCUCGUUGGCUCGCGAGGCCUCACACUUUCUCGUGGGCGAGGAAACGCUCAUCCCGAAGCGCUAUUGAUAAGGACUUGCCCACAGUCUAUUGCCUGUAUUCAAAUUUAAGCUUCUAAACGCCAAACUUGCUACCUCAUGGAGUUACACAGCCUGUCGUGGCGUAGUAAUAAUACAUUUUUAGUAUCCUGAAGAUACGGACGAAAACACGAACAUUGGAAACAUUGGCAAACACGAACAAUUCAUUUAAAAGACGAUAAAGAAAGUUGAAAAGACAGAUUAGCUAUUUUCUUUUACCUGCCGAAGGUCGGUUCGAAAAGCGAAUAACUGUGACCCCAAACUUGAGGAGUGCGGGCUCGGGUGCAGUUUUCAAAACCUGUGCCACAGUUUUUCACUAUACGGACCUCCCAUCCGGCAAACAACAUAUACAUUUUCACAUUUGUUGAACAUUGAAAGAUCUAAAAGGAAUCUCAAUAAAUUUCUGAUAUCGUCAACCAGGGGAAGAUCAUACAAAAGGCUUCUAGAAUAUCUCUUCUUUAUGUGGAAUCCUGCUCUGCUCAACGGAAAUGGUGAACCGAUAAGAGUACUGGAGGAGGGCUUCCGGCCGGCACAAGUUUAUGAGGUACGCUCAGAGCGUUUUCUUUUUAUUACAAAAUUUUUUGUUUUGUAGUUUGUUUUUUCACUUAAAACCAAAUCUUAGGUUAUGUGAAUUGGCCAAUCAGAACAAAGGGAAGUGUCGUAAAGAGCCAUUGAGAAACGGCUUUAAUUCCUUAACUCCCAAGAUCUCAUUAGUAAUUCUCCUUACUGUCUGCCAUACAGUUCUUGUAAUGUUAGUGUGGAGAAUUUGUUAUGGGAUCAACUCAUAAUCCCCUGAUUGAUAUUUUUCUUUAUUCUCAUCACUUGCCUGCUUGAUAUUGUAUUGAUAUUGUAAGGAGAAAUUCUGUCUUGAUCACUCAUGGGAGUUAAAGGGUGAAGAGCGGGAAUACAAAUGACGCGAGUUUUCAUCACCAUUUACAGCGGAAAGGAAAGCAAUACUAAUGUAAGAUCGGGUGUCUCCAGAAACUCAUUGAAAAUUGCUUUCUGAGUUGUUCUAGAGCUAUUUUCAACAGAUUGUCGAAAGCAAUCCGGAAUUCCUUGGUUUCGCGUUUCUUCGCGGUAUGAUUGGUCCAGAAAACUCGCGCCAUUUUCGUAAAUGCAAAACCAAAGCCAAACGCUUCCUGGUCACCCGCGUUUUCCCGCGCGUUUUUACUUUAAAUUCUCAUUGGCUGUUUGUGAUAUUUUCCUUUCCCUUAUUGGCUGUAAAGAUAACUUUGAUUUUGGAUGCACAACACUCCAUUGAAAUACGCUGGUAGAGGAUUUGUUUCAUGACUGGCUUUUGUAGUGUUCACUUAAAGUUUGAUUGUCUUUGCAAUCAGUCCUUUGAAUUUCUCGUCAGCAAAACUGGUUGGUGGUUGGCCAUAGUGCCAAUUUUGUGUGAUAAGUUUGCCUUCUUUCUUUUUACAGAGCUUAAAUGAAGAGGGUGGAGUCCCACUGGCCAACAGUGUUAGUGUCUGUGACAGAUCAAGAGUGGAUUUUCUCAGGAAACGGGCUAGGGAAAGAGGAAGUACUGACCAGUGUCCGUUUAGACACGGUGAGAAUAUGAAGAGAGAUCAGUAAAUAUUACACAGCGCAUAUAAAAGACAGUUCAAGAAACAUUACAUACCCAUACUCGUGGUGUUUAGAGUGCUCUGAACUAGCGAAUGAAAGAUUGAAGUAGACUAUCUACAAUCACAAGUUUGCGUGUUUUUUUUUCGUGCACGACGGUGUUCAUUUUCCUUGAGCGCCGGCGAAACCUGUGACGCGUGGACUAAAUGUGAACAUUAUUAUUUGUUUAAAACCCCUUAACCUCGAAGAGUGACCAGCAUCUAAUUUCUCCUUACAAUAUCACCCCUGAAUCACACAUUACGAUAACAAAAAUGAAGUGAUUACCAACUAAAGAAGCUCUCGAUUGUUAAACAAAUUCUCCUUGUCAGCACCUUAGAAAAUGUAUAGAGAACAGUAUGGAGAAUAUGCAUACUGAUGUUGAGGUGUAGAGAGUUAGCAAUUAUCUUUGUAUUGCUGAGCUCAACUCGUUUCACCACAUUUUUUUCCCUUAUCGUUAGUGCGAAAAAGUUUUAAGAUCCAUGCUGUGUGCUGAGCUAUUUUCUUUUUGUUAUCUGUUUUUCCUCUUCUUUGUGUUUAGGUCAGCUGAUUGUAGCUAAAGUGUUUGUCGGAAAAGUCGUUCCGGCAAAAAAUGAAAACAAGUAUGUCAGAAAUUUUUAUUGUAAGAACUGUAUGUUUUAAGGCAGUGUCGUCGCUUAAGAGCCAAGGCAGAAUUGAACACCGAAACUCCUAAUUGUUGACUUAGCUCAUAUAUCUGCGAACCAAGCUCGCCCCAAACAAGAUGGCUGUAUGUUGACAAAGUGUGACCUGAACAAGUUCGAUAACCUUGCCUGGUAGUGUGAUAUGAAGUGUGUUUUAUUACCAAGAAAUUUUUCUUUUUUUUGUCAACUGUCUUCAGAAGCAGAGUGGCUAUUUUUUGAGCCUUCUGUUAUUAAAACUGCUGUCAAAAAGAUCCUAGAUGUGGGUUUUUUGAGGGUCCUAGGUGGGACAUCCCGAUACUUGAGGGCCCGAUUGUCCUCAAAGGUAACCAAUCAGAACACGCGAAUCACUCACUUGACCUUGCGAAUUCACGGAAGCAAGUAUUGGGCGAAGUUUGUCUCGUCUAUGAUGCGAAUAUCUGCAAAGUCGAAGGCCUCCUAGUGGCAUAAAUGGUCCUUUUAUAACUAAAUUGAUGAGCGUUUCUGUUUUUGUCAAGGAUCACUAGAGCAACAUAUCGCGGAGCAGACUCAGUAUUUCGAGCGCGAAAACACGAGAACUGUCCGAGCAGACCUGGAUCGACAAUAAAGAGACAAGUUAUGGACACGAGUUGCGAGUGUAGCGCGCGGCAGUGCGCGUGGUUCGUGUUUGAUCACGAGAUGGUCUUACCGGAGUACGUGGUGGAUUUCGAAUAUAUCACCAAGGUAAGGAAAUAAUUUUCGGUUUUUUUGUCCUGUAGGAAAUAUCUUUUACUUGUUAUUCCCUGACAUAAUUCUGGUGAGGCUUAUCCACUAAUCGCUAAUCUUUCUUGACAUCUUGGAAGUUCCGAACGAUGGUUUUAGUAAUGAAAAAGAUAGCAGACAAUUGUUAGCCGUAUUAUUAGGGCAUGCGGAACGCGCGUUUUUCCGCCCGCGGAAAGAUUUGAGACAAGAGCUCUUGCCGGCUCACGUCGCUCAAGGCCUCAGGCUGGUAUCAAUGAGGGUCAGCUCGGUGGAUUGUCAUUCUAUAGUUUUGUUGAUCGAUUCCACUUUUUCCUCAGGUGAAACCCAAAUCUUCGUUUAUUUAUUAUUACGGGGAUGUGACCACGCCAAGUUAUAAACAGAACGGGGAGCCUGGGGAGGAGAAAGAAAACAUUCCUGACGAGGAUGUUUUGAACAUGGAACCUGUUAUUCCUACAAGACCAAGGUAACAAAGUAUCUUUUGGUAGAGUAGAGAGGGUGGGAAGAGAAGGGGAGAGCGGGGUAAGGAGAUAUAAUAUUUCUGUCUACUGUAGUCUUACAACCAAUGGUAGCAGUGAUCUAUCAGUUUUCAGGGACUGUCCCAACCUCGAGCUCGUUCCCAGGGUCUUCUCUCUUCUUCCCUCAGGAAAGAACCUGGUCAUAGCCGGUCACGUGCCUUUGCUAACAAAGGAACGUGGGAGGGAGGGUGGAUCCGACUUAAUUUUAUAAACUCUCUUGGCUAAAGCGCGAAUUCAAAACAUUUUUCCGUUACUCGUCCCGUUAGUGUGAACAAAUCUUUUAUGCAAGAGCCCCUUCCUCGAUUUUUUUUUUUGUAUUGUUCAAAUUCUGGGAGAAUAUGUAGCUGACUGGGCCACUCAGGCUAGAUAAAGUUUACCUUACCUGACCGUCGAUUUUUAAACUUCGUGCCAUCUACUAAGUUUAUAUCUAAAUGCUGGUCAUGCAAAGAACUUUAGAAACGGAACGUUUUGAAGUUUUGAAUUUAAAAAUGUUUAAAAUUUACCUUAAGUGUGUUGUUAUUGUGUAUACUGUUUUCGUCUCUGUUUUCAGGUUUAUUGCCCUAACAGAAGAACUGUUGUUUAAAAGGUGCAAUGUGGAGUGUUUGGAACAUAUUGUUGUAAGUGACGUCACGCUGCUUUUCAAACUCCCCGUCUUCAAAUUUUUAUAGCAUUUUAGACUCAAUUGUCUUAUUUCCUUUCCAUUCUUUCUCGGCCAGUGCUUAAAUCUCCAUGGCAACGGUCUGAGCCGCUUACAGCUCGUGAAUUGUAUGACGGCCCUCAAGAGGUUGACAGUCAGCUACAAUGAACUAACGCGAUUGGAUGACGUCAGUCACAUGGUAAGAUUAAGAUCUAACCAAUAUUUUGCUGUGGGCUUACAAAGUUUUUUGACCCAAUAAAAAGACGAAGCUACAAAAUUAUUCAAGUAAGGAAAGUGAUAUGUAUCUAAUUUCUCCAUACAGUAUCACUCUUAAAUCAAAUAUUAACGCCAUGUGAAUAAAGGAAAUGACUGCAAACUCAAGAAGCUCUUUUAGUUGAUUGUUAGACAAAUUCUCCUUGAGAUACCACAGGAAAUGUAUAGAGAACGGUAUUGAGAGCUUGCAUGCUGAUAUUAGAAUUUUAAUGGUCUUUUUAAAUUUUUUUUUGUCGUAUACUAUGAAUUGUACAAUGUUUCCCCCCACCCACUUUAUUUUGAAUCAACGUCAGUACUGAGCAACUGCGCACUUACCUCUCCCCUAACCCAACCACACUCAACCCUAACUUGUUACCAGUUGAUUGUUGUGGGGCUAGGGGACAUUUUCCCGUAUUUUUCAUGGCUUUUCUUUGUGUUGUUGUCAUUGUUGAGGUCUUAGAAAUAAUUCCUUGUUCUUGUUUUGCAGAUAUUUUUGGAGUAUCUUGACGUCAGUUUUAACAAAAUUACAACCUUGGAUGGAUUGAAGGUCUGUGUAGACAGAUGUUGUGGUAUUAUGUAGGGAAGAGGAUGAAGCACAAGCUUGAUAUCACGACGUUACUUUUUUGAAGCGAUUGACAAAAUUUUUCGUGUGUCUUCAUAGGGCUGCAAUCGUCUAAAGCAUUUAGAUGUGAGUUGGAACCUUCUGACGCACACCCGAGAGGAACUGGGCAUCAUGAGGAAACACGUGAUCACUCUUACUUAUCUGGACACGCGCAAUAAUCCUUGGCAAAAAGUGAGCCAUUGAUAAUUAAUUCGCAUACAUUAGUGAGUGGGAAAGAAUAAAUUACCAACACGAAUACGUUAGUGAGUGAUGGUUAGAGCGCUGGACACCGGGUCGAGACCUGGCUAGGUCAUUGUGUUGUGAUCUUAAGCAAAACACUAUCCUCUCACAGAGCUUCUCCCAACCCACGAGUAUAAAUAGGUACCAGCGAAUUGCUAGGAAAGCCUGAUGAAAUGCUGGGGGGUAACGUUGCGGUGGACUGUUUUCCCAUUAGGGGGGGGAGGGGGGGAGUAGUGAUACUCCUAAUCGCUCCAUGCUAUGGAAACCAGGAUAAGCUCUGGCUGCAUGAGCCACUUGGUGCGAGUACAGACUAUUAUACGUUAGCGAAUGGGGUAACGUCAGAGAGGUAUAAUGACUGUGACUGUAGGAGCUGAAAUGCUGAAGCUGAACCAAAAAAAGACUAGGGGUAUUAGUUCUCCCCCUGUAUGGGAUUCUGGUCCAUCUUUAUUCCCAGCAUUCUCCAGUUUCCCCGAUAGUUUGCAAGUGUAAACCACAACGCCCAAAUCAUUUUGCUACUUUACGCUUGGUGUCACAUGCAUUGCAAGCACGUGUAAGCCCCACGAAUGACGCAAGGUUGACACGCGUGUAGAUGGUGUAAUACACUUGCGCGGUGCUGUAUUUUCAGUCUUGAGUGGAAAGAGAGGCUCUGUGAGUGUUGAAUGUCUUGUCAAAGAAAAUAACAGGAUGACUUGGGUAUGGUUUAAAAAACUAACGCUCUGAACGCUUUGAAAACAAAAGAAGGCUAAAUCUGUUGUUAUUUCCUAGCCCGAAACUUUAAGAAUGCGAGCUCUUGGCAGACUGAAAAACCUGGAGUAUUUGGAUGGAGUUCAAGUUACUGACGAGGAGAUGACAACAGCAUUAAAGAUGGCGGCCGCUUCCCGCCCUUCUUCUUUCGCUAUUCUGGCGCAUGCUCGGACAGACCAGAGCAAACCGCGGACUUUGAGCCUGGUACCGACUGCUCAAGCUAUCCUGGCCAGCAGUCAAAAUAGACCUGUUAAGUUACAAGACGAUGACAGUCAAUGGUUUAUCAAGGUAUGAGUCAAAAUGAGUAAUCUUUGUAAACAAUGUUCUCUUAGUAAAUGGUCUGUUUGAGGCUUUCUUUUGCUUUGACCAGGAAAGUCGAUUGAAAAUUGAAGUGAUCGCAGGAAGGAACGAAGACUAGACUAAACCGUCCUACUGCCAAGCCCCUCCCCCCUCGUUUUUUUGUUUCAGUGCCGAGGGAGGACUGGGAAAAAAUCAUGCUUCCUCUCCCUCGCCCCCUUCCCUCCCCCCCCCUUUUCUUCCUUGCUCCCUUCAGCAACUGAGAGUGAAGGGUGAUGGGCAGGCCAAGUAGGUGACAAACGUUGGGUUUGAUACGAACAAUUAUUUCUCUGUGUUUUAGGUUACAACGGUGAACCUUGAUAACCAACAUCUUGGAAAGUUAGCGAACAUGGAGCAACUGGAAAAUUUACGAUGGGCGUCUUUUAACGGCAACGAUCUUACUAAGAUUGAGGUGCGUGAACAACUGGAAAUUUUGGAAUUUCUUGAACUUUUCUUUACUUAAUUAUACCUUAAUGAAAAUUUUCUAAGCAAUCAAAGAACUGAAGUCAAUUUCCUGCAAAGACGGACGGUUUUUUUUUAGAACGUGCUUUGAGCAACCAGAGAUAAGCUUGCGAAAGAUUGCGUCAUCGAGAUCUGAUUGGACGAGCGAUAAAGCCAAUCAUUGCAGUCCGUCAAUCAAAACGUACAUCGACGCGUGCGCCAAAGUUCCGCAAAAACUUCUAUAAGUUAUCUGUAAACAAACCUUCUUCUUUAGGGUCUCGAGUCUUGUGUUCAUUUGGAGGAGCUUUCUGUUGAAAACAACUGCAUUAACAAGUUUGAAGGUAAAGUUCAGUGUUUGUCAAAGUUGUCUUCUACGAAAUGUUGCUUCAGCAACAUAACGUCCUUUAUAUACUCACAUUAAGAGCUUGUUAAACUAGGUUUAAUUGACCACUCAAAGGUCGCGUUAUUUGAAGGUGUCAGUUGGCUAAUCUAUGGAAGUGUUCUAUACUAAGACACCUUAUAAACCAAUCGCAACUCAUGUUACUGAGAUCAAUUUCUUUGGGUUUCUCUCAGGGUUAAGUAAGCAGUCCAUGCUAACAUGGCUAAGCCUGGCUGGCAAUCAACUCACUACUCUUGAUACCGGAAUGUUGGAGAAGCUUCCUCGAUUGAGAUAUUUAUCCGUGGAAAACAACGCCAUAUCUCAUCUACGUGGCUUGCAGGUAUUUAUAGUAUUGUCAUCAUUGAAAGAUACGUCACGGCUUGCCAUUUAUUUCAAAAAAGCUUUGAAAAAGUUAGAGUUUCAUGAAAAAAUGAAGCCUAAAUUUAUUUUCAAUUUGUCUUCCUUUCCAGAAUUGUCAGAGCCUCCAGGAGUUUUACAUAGGAAACAACACACUAGCGAACAUACGAGAGGUUUACAAUCUCAAGGUAAAAAAGGAAUGGAAACUUUCUUAUGGUGAUGUGGUCGUUUUUGCCGUUAACCCUUUGACUCCUCAGAGUGACUGGCAUCUACUUUCUCCUUACAAUAUCACCCCUAAAUCACGCAUUAAGCUCAUGAGAUUAAAGGAAAUGAUCACUAAAUAAAGCAGCUCUUGAUUGCUAAGCAAAUUCUCCUUGUCAGCACCUUAAGAAAUGUAUAGAGAACAGUAUGGAGAAUAUGCAUACUGAUGUUAGGGUGUAAAGGGUUAAUUUUGUUGACAUGUAUCUGAACUGGAUCCCUUCUUUCUCCUAGACUCUCCCCAGUCUUCUUAUUCUGGACCUAUGCGGUAAUCCGAUGUCUACCGCUGGUCAGAACUACCGUUUGUUCGUUAUUUAUCACUUGAUAUCACUCAAGGCUUUGGAUGGAUUAGCUGUGGUAUGACAAAUCCUUAGGAAGCCUACUUCAUAUAACAAGAGACAAAUCAUCUUUUUGCGGUCCACAGAGUUCAAACAUGUUAAUUCAGUUGGUCGAGAAAAGGUUCUUCUUUGGAAUUGUUGUAAAGGAAUCGAUACUGAAAUUUUUGACGACAUCGUAACUUUUUAUUGACAGUUUGCUUUCCAAUCAAUGUUUUUAAUUUCUUAGUAGCUUUCAACGAUUUUCUUUGAAAUUGAAGCCUUACCCCGUAGAGAUCUUAAGAGAGUUCCUUCUUUUCUCUUUUAAGAAAAAAAUCGAAUUUAGUGUGUGUACUUUUCUUCAAUUGGCGUUGCUAUUCUUUUUAAGGAAACUUCAGAGGGAAGUCUGGCCAAAGAUAUGUUUGGAGGAAGGUCAGUAAUCUCGUGUUAUGAUUAGAAAAUAAUCGAUGGGUAAAGUUUCGAAAGACUUUUAUUUGACCAGAUAAAACGUGCUGUAAGAAUGAUUAGCUCACUAUAUUUCCCUAUGUUUUGUAUCUCAGGCUAACUCCUGAUUUUAUUGCCGAACGUUUGGGACACUCAAACUUCUCCGAUCUCAGAGAGCUUGACUUACCCCACAGCUCACUAAGAACUGUGGAUCUUGGAACUAAAGACGCUUUUUUUAACUUGAGAAGGUAGGUACCAGCAGGCGUCGUUUUGUGUUCAAGAUGCCUUUCUUGUGUGCAUGCAUUUGUGGGUAGACUCGUUUCCAGUGUCUUUAGGCUUUUCCCCUUUGAGAAAGGAAGAGGACACUGGAAAUGAGCUUGAAACAGUAGAGGGACUAGAUAAAUAGUUGUCGAAAGCUUCAUUUUACAGUCUGUUCUUGGACGAUCAGGAAGCUAGUUUACUCCACACAUAGGAGUGUAAAAAGUGCAUCCUCCCAGUUGACUCUGUCAUGAUGUAAUUUUCUUUGAUUCUUAACAAAUCGUGGUUCUCCUUUUACGAUUUCAGUGUGAAUCUUGAACAUAACUCACUCACUUCAUUUGGCGGCUUGGUGAACCUCGUCAAUCUUAAGGUAAUGACCUACGGUAUUCUUUUACACUCCUGGGUGGAGGGAGGCUUGGGCUUGGACCCAGACCUCUCGAUUACUUUUAGGCCAUAUAUAGACCACCGUGUCUCCAACGCGUAGACCGAGGUGAAUAAAUUUCUCAUGUUCAAAUCAUCUGAAGUACUGUUUACAGAGCAUUUAAUGUUUACUAUUUUGUAAGAAGUCUAGUGUAAAGAAGAAAUAUGGUAGUUAAAAUUAUUGUAACAAUUGUGUAAAACCAGGUUUGAUGAGAUUUGCGUUACUUUUUUCCUCCCCAGGUCCUUUGUCUUAACCAUAAUCACAUUGAAUGCGUGGUCGCAAAGCCCAAAGCGACGUCACCAGCAAACGCGCCGAAACGAGGCAGUGAUGUCUCUUCGGGAUUGGAGAUUACAAACCCAGAGAAUUUUACUCCAGUUCUCCCCAAUCUCGAGGUUCUUCACUUGGGGUAAGACAAAAUAUCCUAGCGUCCUUUGGAAUUUCGUAGAUGUGGUGUGAACUACCGAGGUGGAGUUUAUCUAUGUUAUCUUUUACCGAAACGAAAGGUUUUUGGACAAAUUGUGAUAUUCUCUUUUGUGUGUCUACAGGUACAAUGGUAUUACCAAUAUGGCGGCCCUUCACUUGUCACGACUAACUAACCUAAGGGCUCUGUUUCUACAGGGUAAAUAGUUAUCUUUAUCGGUUUAAUUAACUAAUUAAGAUAAUCCUCUUCAUUUGUAAACUCUCCUGUCUUAUCAGCUAUUGGAAAAGAGAAAAGAUUUAAAGUAAAAUUAGUGUAUGAACAACCAUUGGACCCAGGCAGCGAAGCCAGGCAGCCAGUUGACAUAAGCAUUAAAUAGAAAUUCAAAAACUCAUUAAUAAUUCAUAAGCCCAUUAACCUAUCAAAUGGUAGAUAAUACAUCACGUGCAGUGACUUUAUAUCGAUAAACCUCAUCCUUAUUAGUAUGCGGUGUUUUAUCAGAUAUAAAGACACUGCAUGUGACUUAUGAAUGUUUUUCUCGUAUGCUAAUUUCUAACGUUCACAAAAGCAUAAUUGUUAUGAACUCUCUUGACACACGCUUUUCCAAGAAUGUUUUUGAAGCCGUUCAAAAAACUCGCAGCACGUGUUUUAUCGGGUCAAAAACCACUCGGCUACGCCUCGUGGUUUUAAACCCGAUAAAACACUCCUGCUCGUUUUUUAAACAUUACAUAAAUUACUGGUCAGGGAGAUUACACAAAUGCACACCUAAAAAGAAAGGAAAAGAAGAGAAAAACACUAUUUCUUUGAUAAUAGGGAAGUCGGAAAAUGGUUCGACUAAUAUAUAAAUAUGAAAUAUUAUUAGAAGGAACACACACAAUUAACAGCUAUGACAGCUAAUAGCACAUAAUAAAAUUAUAUAUAUAUUAGUGUUACAUAAAUUGUAGAAGAUAAAGUCGAAGUACACUAUUUCUUUUCUAAGUGACAAUGUGGAGCUUUGUUCGUUGUCAUAAGUGAAUACUAGGAACAUUUGGAUCAAUAUCAAUAUCUGCCCACCUACCCCUCCCCUAACUCAACAUUAACCCCAACUUGUUAUCAAUUGACUGUUGUUGGGCUAAGGGAGGGGUAGGUGGGCAAUUGCCUACAUAGUGAUAUUGAUCCGAACAUUUUUCUUGUAGGAAAUGAAAUAAACAAAGUGGAAGGACUUGAAAGACUCCAAGAACUUCGCGAACUUGUUUUGGAUCGAAAUAAGAUAAAGGUGACAUCUUUGUAACAAAUGUAGUUUUUUUUUUAAAGUGAAAGCUGUUUUGUUUAAGUUUUGUUUUACUCAAACUGUUUCUGUUUAUCUGGGCCGAGUUGUUCAAAGCUGGGUUAAGAUAACCUGGGGUUAAAGUGAAAUUUUAUUUCAGAUCUGAAAGCUUGAAGAGAAAAUUCAGUUUAUUUCUUUUUGACUACGAUUUGAUAAUUGAAUGCUAUAAAAACAUUGGGUAAAAUUAUUCCAAAAUGGCUUUUGAACAGAGAAAUAUAGAAAUCUGGAUUAAAAUUUAACCCUGGGUUACUGCUAAUUAGCCUUUGAACAACUGGGCCCUGGCUUGUAAUUUGAGUUAUUCGUUUAUGAAUUUUUUUUGUCUAGAAUCUUUCCAGCACGUCAUUUAUGAGUCAAUGGCAUUUAACAGAGUUGCAUAUGGAAGAAAACAGGUGAAAUAACUUAUUUUAUUUUUUUUAUUUUUAAAUUUUUUUUAGUGUCUUCAACUUUCAUAAUAAUUAUGUCUUCUUUUAAAAGACUAAGAAUAUCUGAAAGUCAUAUAUUUGAACUGCGGAUAAAGACGUGAAUGAAAGUGAUCCUCGCAGUAAUGCACACUACUUGAGCAGUAGUGAAAAUAAGGCCUGAAAAAAAUUCAGGCCUGUACGGGAUUUGAACCCGUGACCUCUGUGAUACCGGUGCAACGCUCUACCAACUGAGCUGACAAGCCAAAUGGGAGCUGGUUAUUAUAUUGGUUUUAAAUAAACCCGUGAAGUGAUGAAUAAACGGCUAGGAAUAUAUGAAAGUCAUAUGUUCAGCUCUUUACACCCCAAGAUUAGUAUUAAUAUUCUCAUUACAGCUAUUUUUAUAUUUCUUAUAUUACUGACAAGGAACAUUUGUUUGAGAAUCAGGAGCUUCUAAAAUUGAUGAUUAUUUCCUUCCUUUUUAUGACCUUAAUAAUUGAUUUAAGGAUAACGCUGUCAGGAAAAAUUAGAACUCAUUCACUCGUGAGAGUUGAAGUGUUAAAGCUCUCACAAACCACACUGAAGGAAACGCGUUGUAUGGCAGGAAAAUGCCAUGCGAACUGUUCAUUUCAUGAAACAGCCUUGGGAAAAGUGGGUAAAAGCCUUCCAAUGAGAUGGCCAUUGACGUUAGCGUUCUUAGAGACUUUUGACGUGGUUAUAAAUGAUGUCUAAAAAAAAAAAUGUUGUCCCUGUACAUCUCUUGAAAAAAAACUAUUUUUCUCACAUUUUGUGACUUUUUCGCAGGAUAAGAGAACUUUCUAACCUGGAACCUCUUCAAAAUCUCCAGCGGUUGUACUUAGGAAUGAACCGUAUUCAAGUGAGUUGUCUCCUAAAGUCGCUCCUAAAUUAAACACGGCUAUUUCAGGUCAAUUAUUAUUAUUAUUAUUUAUUUCCCACAUUUACUUAUAUCGGGGAACCAGUUUUACACUUUUUACGUUUUAAGUUUCGAAGAUGAUCUUUUUUUUUUUUUUUAGGACAUAGCAGAGUUGGAAAAGCUGGAAUGCUUAAGGCACCUGGUUGAACUUUCGGUCAUAAAUAACGCGGUAGGUAAAGGUUUCACAUGCCGGUUGUCCUCGGACUUUUUGUGUCUAUUAUUUGGCGACUCAGGGUUCGCGUGAAAUCAUGGUCCUACUGAAUUCAUCGCGUCCUUGCAUUCAGUUUGAUUGAAGUUUAUUUGAUCGCAUUAUGCGUGUUUAUCCUCACAUCAAACGCCAAUCACAACAGAACAAGCAGUCAAAUGUCGGGCAUGCGCAAGGAGUCAACUGUGGACGCCCGCGCGCCGAUUUCCCGCGAAUUUUCAAAGGAAAACGGAAAAACGCGAAAUUUCAAAGGAAAACAUAAGAACCAACUGCUGUGUUGCAAAAUAAGCGAAGGAAUUAAGUUCAUGACAAUCUGUAAAAGGAAGCAAAAGUAUAAAAAAAGGAAAACUGGAGACUUAUCGGACUCAAAGAUUAUUCAAGUACAGGUACCCUGCAACCUCGUUCCCAGGGUCUCUCAUCUUCCCGCCCCCUGGAGCUCCAGGGGGCGGGAAGAUGAGAGACCCUGGGAACGAGGUUGGGUAUCCUGUUGAUGCCCCUAUCUGUUUCGAGCUUUACCAAAAAAGUUAUAGGCUUUUAAAACCCCGUGACUUACUGGCUUGUGUAGUCGUUUGUAACUCGUGUAAGACAACUUGGUUCUGACCGCCUGAAAACACGCCACCUAGUCAUUACAACGUUCGUGCAUGCGCAGACGUUUGACUGCUGUGUUUUUUUGAAGUUGAAAAACUCUAUUUGAACGUGCUUUUUCGAUCCCAGGUCACUCGACGUCUUCUGCACCGACCCUUGUUAGUCUACCGCAUGCCCAACCUUUUGUGCAUCGAUGGGAUCCCUGUGUCGAGUGACGAGAAAACUAAAGCCGAGCUGUAUUUCAUGGAACAACAGGUUCGUGGAAAACCUCCAGCUUCCUCCAUCGUAUGUGUUCUCCAUUGGUCAUUUUCUUGCGUUCUAAUUAUGUCGUGUUACAGGAUGUGAAUUUUUCCCCUCUCUUGUUGCAAGGAUCAUGUUUUAAAACCCUUACCUGAUCUUUUUUCGCUAGAGUGGAAUGCAAAGCAUGACGUCAGCUUUGGAACCCAGUCUCCCAGGAAUCGUGACAACACGUUCCCAGGCUCCGCUUCGGGUAACUUAAUCUGAAAAAAAAAUUAAUCCUAAAACUGAUGAGUUUUGUAAAACAGAUUUUCUAUGUGAACGCAUUCAUUACGCUAAUUGACAAAGUGACAGUGUUUGAGGUGUAACCCAGGAAUCUAUUGGUUUUGGUUUACUUCGUUCUGCGAUUGAUUGAGAAAUUUUUCUCGCCACUCUUUUCAACCAGGGAAAUAAAGGCCCUAAAGUCUCAUUUCCUCGAUCUACGGGCUGUCUAUUUAUUUUCACCUUGCCUUCCUCUUGGUUCCUUUUUUGUCUGUUUUGUUACCUUUUUUGACUGGACCUUGUGAUUACUUCGGAUUUGGUUUUGCGAAACGCAAUUGAAAAGCGCCUCGGAGAAAUUUUCAGUCGAGUGUCAAUGGAAUAUCCAGAUUCGGUUGGCUUUGCUUAACUUUGCUCUGUGAUUGGUCCAUUAAAUUCGUGCCAUUCUCUCCACCAAUCAGAUGUAAAACUAAAACAAACACGACUUGGUCGCCCGCGUUUUCUCACUCUUCAGAUACUUUGGUUUGUUUUUACUUAGAGAUAUCAUCGGUUUCUACGGGUACAAUCCUUUCCUCUGAUUGGCUGUUGUCAUUACCUUGGUUUUAGUUUACGACAGUCAAUCGAAAAGCGCUCGAAAAUAUAUUUUGAAUCCAUAGGUGACAACAGUUCAGUUGAGCAGCACCACGGACCGUAACUGGGGAAUUACUGGUUUAAGACAAGAAUUUCCAAACGGAACGCUACUAAGAACAGGCGAACAGCAACAGGAUAAAGGUGUGGGAAGAAACUUAUGACUUAACAGACAUUUAAACUUUCUUCGGAAAAAGUAAAGGUUAAGUCAGCAACCUAGCGAAGAGAAGAACAUGAAACGACUAAGAGUAUUGUUGGCCCCUGGCCCCAAUAUCCCCCCUCCAGAUAGAAUGUUAGUCCAUUGCGAGUCACUACCACCCCCCCCCCCCCACCGUAUCCAGCAUUUCGUUAGGUUUCCAGGUCUGUUCACCAAUACCCCUCUAAACUCAUGGUUGGAGAGGGGCAUGGGGAGAGUAUAAUGUCUUGCCCAAGAAAACAACACAACGACCCGGCUAGAUCUCGUAACCAGAUCUCUAAACUCGCAGUCUGGUGUGCCAAUCUUCUAUUUCACUCUAUAAAGCCGUUAGAAAAUAGUCUGAUAUGUAUGUGAUUUCAAGUGAGAUCCAAAAUAGAGUAGUUUUGAAAGAUACUCCAACUGCGGUGUGUUGUAGUGUGUAAAAUUUAAUUGAUUCUGGAGGGCUGCUUUCAAUUACUGACAGUUUGUUCUUGGGUUUUCGUGUUUGUUUUGUAAACUUUGCCCCGUUUAAUAGAGAUAGAAUUCUAACGAACUAGACUCAAUCAAACUGUUUUGUUCCACUCUCGUAUUCGCUUAUUUACAACGGGUGUGUAAAAAGCUACUCUGCAAAAUUUGUAAGAAAUCACUCUCUUAUACGAUAUUCUCUACAUUGUGAUUGGUUGUUGCUAAGUACUGAUUUAAAAGGUCAUUCAAGGCUGCGUUGAUCAUGUAAACCGAUCAAUGUUCCAAAAUCGUAACAGGCGGUGCUUCUAGCUCUUGACAUAAUGUUCACACUUAUCCUCUGACAUAUGUCACGCACGAAUGACGAAGUCUCCGACAUUUGCUCAUUUGUUCUAUCCUUUCGUUCACAGCUCGUCGUCGCGCGGGCAAUGUGCGUGGAGGCUCGAACCACUCGCUCCAAACCUUGUCAACCUCUGACUCCACCCACAGCUUGUCAGGGGACAGAUACGGACGUACUUCCGUCAGUCUCAGUACACAACAGUCAGGUGGCAUCAGCAGGCAGCCACAGGCCUCCUCGUCUGCGCCCUAUAUUGCACAGGGGUCUUACUCUCCUUACAACGUGAAUGGUGACGUCACUGAUACAAGCAGGUUGGAUAUGUAAGAUUAUUGUUCAAAAAUUAAAGUCAAAGUCCGGAAUUUUCCUUUACACCCCAGAAGUUAUUAAUAUGUCACUUCUUCCUAUAAUAUCCAUGCAUUAUCCAGACGUAAGUAACAUGCGCGCGAGAAGCUGACUAUCUGUUUUACGCGCGUGAUUUCUCGCGCCCCGUUGAAUCGCGCGGCUGCUACACCAAGUCUACUUCAAAGUUCUUCCGUCCUUGUUGAAUUACCAUCUGAUCGAAUUACAGUUUCUUUGUGCAACACGUUUUCUCUGCUUUUCUUUCAGGAGUAAGAAUACUCGAUUCAAGUAGAGUAUACGUAUUUGAGUACUUGAUGGCGGUCAAAUUAGUUAUCCAUGGGAAUGUGGCAGAGAAGCAGAGUUCUUCUAUUCAAGAACACGCUCAUUGGGUAGAGAAGGAUUCGUUAUCAUUUUCGCUUCUGCAAAAGACAUUGUACAAACACAGUUCAAAUCAACAUCUGGAUAUAGUUUUCAUGAGGCCUCACUCUAGUUUUAUUUCAGUUGUGCGACAGUUUGCUUCCGGAUAGACUUUGCUAGUUAAAUGGGUAGCCUUCAGAACAGGCGAAUUUGUUUGGACUUUUCAGGCGAUCGAAGGCAAGCACGAAUCACGCGCAAGGAGAGGACAAAUAUAUCAUGAACAUAACAUUUUUUUUUUUUGCACCUUUCUCCUCGCGCAUGACUCGCGCUUCGUGUUCGCCUCGCGCUUCGUGUUGGCCUUGCACUUUCCUUAGUUCGCCUUAAAUGCGCCAAAAGAUCUCACCUGUUCUGUAGGCUAAUAGCUGACAAUUUCAUUGACCUGCAAUGAGAUGUCCCAGGAAAAACUCUACAUAAAAUCUGAACUAGAGAAAUAAUAAUUUUUUUUAAUGUUUUGCCCUCUGGUAAUGUUUCAUAUUGAAGAUAAUACACCAGAGGAUACAACCUCUUCUAUAAAGGACCAAAACUUUAAGGAAAUGUUAGAAAUGGAAAUAAAAACUUGGAGACAUUAUUUUUAGAAAUCCCUUUAAAUUGAACCGAAUUAAUCCAAUAUUCUCACUUUUCACACAUUCCCUCCCCAACCCCAAGGAACACGAUCAAUAUCUCGCAUAAAUAGAUUUAUUUAAUCUUGAACCAUAAUACAUAAAUUCUGAACCAAUUUUACAAAGGUCCUGGUGAUUUUUACGUUAUCAACGCUGACCAUUACUUAAGAAUAGCCAAGUAAAUUUGAUGAAUGACCCGAGAAACCAACAGAUAAUUCUAGAGCACUUCUUAAACCCUUUCACUCC